UGUACAACAUAUCCGCCGGUUGGAAAAUACUUGGAAACCAAAAAAAAAAUUCGUUCACCAUUUUUGCUGUAAUAAACAGAACAAGUUUGAACAUAGAGUGACCGAGUGAGAUAUGAAGAAGCUCACUGCAAUUGUUUCCAUUUUCGUGAUCUUAACUUUCUCUUUUCAUGAAAUCGCGUAUGUUUCUUCAUCUCCUCUCUUACACCACGCAAAACAGGUUCACGAAGAGAAAUCUUCUACUGUAAGAAAUCUUGAACAGGAUCAAGAGCAUGCUGGUGAAGUGCAUUGCUCUAGAGAAAGAAGUAGGGCAGCUCGGAAAGUGAUAGAACAGUACUUGACACCGUUUGUUGAGCGAGAAAACUAUCAUUUUUCAAGAAACUGUAGACUUCACCCUGAAAAUGAUAUAUUCAGGGAUCAGGAGGAGCAUAAAAUUUUCGUAGACAGGCAUGAUUGGCGGUGUGGAUAUUGUAGAAAAGUUUUCCGUGAAGAAAAAUUUCUUGAUCAGCAUUUUGAUAACAGGCACUCCAAUCUUCUGAAUGUAAGUCAUGAUAAUUGCUUGGCUGAUUUAUGUGGAGCAUUGCAUUGUGAUGCUGUUAUGAAUUCCAAGUUCUCUAGAACUAAGUGUUAUCCAGCAGCUGCCGCAAAAAACCGUCACCUAUAUUUUGUCCAGAGUCUUGCUGACAGUUGCUUUUCCAUAAGCCAGGGGCCAUCAGCAAGCCGUCUUCAUGAAUUGUUUAUACACCAGUUUUGUGAUGCUCACACCUGCUCAGGGAAACAGAAGCCCUUCUCUAGAGGAGGCAAGGAGCAAAGUAGUUUCUUCCGCCUGGCUGCUGGAGCAUUGAUCUUGGUGCUACUUCCUGUGUUCUAUCUUUUUCUUUAUCUUGUUCAAAGUUGCAGUGAUAUGAAGGGUCGAACUCAGGAGCUUCGUCGCAUCUCAAAAGCAGGAUGGAAAGUCAAACCAUCAUGAGUCAUGAAUGGUGUGCCUCUUGCCCACUAUCAUCAUCUAGGGUGAAUGGUUUGACAUAGAUGGGAAGAUCCAAAGAUGUAUUGCUUAAUGUUGAUUUUAGACUUUCCUCCAAGAAGAUUCACCAUGGACGUCCAUGUCAAUCAAAGAAAUCUAGAGAACUCUUAUGGAGUGCAUGAAGGAAAUCAAGCUUCACGGUCGUCAAAAACCUUCCCUGCCAGUGACUGGGAAGUAUCAAGUGUUAAUUGAUGAUCAUACAUCUUUCGACUUUUUUCGCUUAAGCAAAGAACUUCGUUGUAAGAAGAAAUUAAAGAUGUAUUUGGAAUGAAAUGGAAAGUUCGGAUUAUGGUAAAGUAAAACACUGUCAUACUAAAGCAGUAAAGCCCAGGUGAAGCCCACUCAUUCAGUACGGUGAGGAGGAGACCAUGUUUUAUAGGAAUUUGAAUUUGAAUUUGAUGUUGACUGACCCUUCCCCUUAAUCAUGAGAAAAAGGUAUUGACUC